CAGUUAAAACAUAUGCAAAACAACAAGGCUUUCAAGUUCGUUUAGGAAAAAUUGAGAAGAAUGCUAUAGGUCAAAUAUGUAAAAGAACAAUAGUUUGUAAUAGAGAAGAUUUUCCUGACAAAAAUUUAAAUGAACACAACCAUUCUAUAGUUUCUGGAAUUUUUUGCAAAUUUAUGUCUGAAGAAAGGACAAUUCCAAUUGAAGUUCAAGAAAGAAUUUUACUUCUUCGUCGUGCUGGUUGUAAUGUUCCUACAAUUCGAGCAAUACUGAAAGAAGAAUUUUCAGAUAUUGUAACUUGGAUUUAUGAUGAUUUAUAUAAUUUUAUUUACCAAAAAGAAGGAAUAAGACAAGAAUUUGAUUCAAAUGACUUUGUAAAGAAAUUGGAACAUCUCAAAUCCCAAGACAAUGAAUUUUAUUAUGAAGUUUUAAUAGAUCUUGAAACAAAUGAAUUUAGGCAAGCAAUUUGGAUGUUUCCUGAACAGAGAAUGAACUAUUACCACUUUUAUGAUAUAGUUAUUUUUGACAAUACUUACAAAACCAAUAGGUUUGAAAUGCCAUUUGGCAUUUUUACUGGGGUUAAUAAUUAUGGCCAAAGUAUGUAUUUUGUCAGAGUAAUUAUGAGUGAUAAAACUGCAGAAAGUUUCAUUUGGACUUUUACUAACUUUCUAAAAAUGGUUAAUAAUACUUCACCAAAAGUAUUUCUAACUGAUGAAGAUCAAGCUAUUAUUAAAGUAGUAGAUCUUAUUUUUCAGCCGCAUAGAACAAAACAUGCUUUAUGUUUAUGGCAUCUCAUGAAAAAUGUGGUUAAAAACUUAAACGGUAUUUUAGGAUUUAAAUAG